AAUCAACCCAAAAGACACACUCAAAGAAUGAUUCAUGUUCUUUUCUUAGGACUCCACUGCAGCGUCCUCUCCUUUCAUAUGGCUGAAUUAUUCUUUUUUUUUUUUUAGUUUUUAAGUUUUAUUUUUGUGUGUUUGAUUAUGAAUAAACCAUCACUCACAUAAGUAUGUGAACAAUAAUUUGUAUUUGAGUCUUAUGCUGUUAUGCGUCUGCUGGAAUAUAACUCUCUUGCUUAUUUUAAGGAUGAUAAACUAUCUGCUAGUUAUCUUGAUUUGUUUUUAUUCUUCUAAAUUUUGACGCAUCUUAAUCACUUGUUUGAUUACCUAAAAGAUUUGACGCUUUAUUUGGAUUUGUUUUACAGAACUUGAAUGAUUCUACUUAUAUUAUGCAAAGGUUUUUCAGUGCUUGCAUUUGAUAGAUGACAGCGUGGCACAUGAUAGCCACGUCAGUACUGAAACAGAUGAGUCAUCACCGGAAAUAAGUUUAAGGACCAUUAUAGUACCCGGAGCUCAAUCUAGAGAUCACUAUAGUAAAAUUGGAACUUCAAAAACCAAAUUGGGUAAUCCCGUGAAUUUCAGGGACUAUUAUAGAAAUUUACUCAUUUCAAAAUAUAUCUGAAUAUACUUUUAUUUGUGCCAGAAUUUAUGUUGACCGAGCAAACAUUAGUACCAUUUAACUAAACUAGGCAUAUAAUCAAGAAGGUGAAAACAUAUAGAAUUGGCAUUCAUAAAUUACAAGGGGAUGAAAAUUCACAGAAAUAGAGCAUAUACUUUUCUUUCAGAGUUCAAAACAACACUACAUGUCUCUCUUGAAAGUUCAUGAGCUAUAGGUCAUGUUUAUUUCUUCUUUUUUUUUUUCAAAACAUCUUUAAGACAGAGAAAAGGACACUACAAGAUGAUAAUUAUAUUCCUAAGUCUUAUUUUUAUGAUUUAUUUAUUAUUUAUAACAACAAUAGUGGCCCUACUAGCCUACAAGAGUCAACCAUAGAAUUCAGAGAUUAAACAAUGGUUUUGGUUUCUCAUAAAACCAUUGGGACUACUCUGGUGUGCACAAAGAGAGCAAGUAGCAACAAUGGAGGCAGAUGAUUCCGUCUUUACCGAGUGGGCAAGUGAUCUGUGUGAGAGAAUAGAAGAAUCGGAGAAGCAAUUAACUAGAGCCGGUAACAGAGUUUCAAGGCCUAAAAUACAAAGAGUUCCAAAGUACAUGGCAGAAAAGCCGGAGUUUGAUAGAUAUUACAAGCCACAGAUGUUUUCACUUGGUGUGUUUAAUCCAAAAACAACACAAGGAGAGCAGUAUAAGGAAGCAUGGGCAGCAAUGUAUCUUAAGGAUACUAAUCUAAAAGUUAAAGAUUUAUUUAGGGAAAUCUGUGAUGACAACAGAAUGAAAAGAUGGUUACUGAAACCUAUGUGGCAAAAAUUAUAUGAUGCACCAACCAUAUACGCAGAUCAUAUCAUAGUGGAGGCAUGCUGUGUACUUCACUUGCUGGAAAAAUCAGAGAGCUCAGUUGAUCCAGAGCAAGAGCUGAAGAUUAGCAUUGACAAGCUUGUGAGGGUGCACCAGGAUCUGCUUAUCUUGGACAACCAAAUUCCUUUCCAAUCACUCAGGCUCUUGUGUCAGGAUGAAGCCAGGCUUGAAAAAUGCCUCUCCAACUUCCUUCAAGUUCAUGGUAUUCAGGUUGAGACGGCACCCAAGCUUCCCAGAAAGAAAAGAGAGAAUGAAGAGGUGAAGGUAGCAGUGGAUGGAGAUGAUGAUGAGGACCCUGUCCAUCUUCUAGAUUAUCUGCGUAGAGCCCUCUUAACGAGAGACCAGCACACAUUCUACACAGAUAUCAACCACAAGAAGAUCAAGAGGAGAUCCUUGCACCUCAGGAAGUAUAGGAUUGGGACCAUCCGGGAACUCAAUGCAGCCGGGAUUCGUGUGAGAAAAAAUUCCCACAACAACUCGGUGUAUCCCAGCUUCAAAGAUGGGAUGCUGCAGCUUCCUGAACUCAUUGUAGAUGGCUCAACAGCUCAUAUAUUCUUCAACCUAGUAGCCUAUGAGAUGUGUCCUGAUUUUUGCAACAACUUCGAGAUCAGCUCAUUUUUAGUCUUCAUGAGCUCUCUCAUUGACCAGCCGGAGGAUGUCAAGAAGCUGAGAAUGGGUGGCAUAAUUAUCAAUGAACUUGCCAGUGACAAAGAAGUGGCUGAUCUGUUCAAUAAGAUGGACAGUAUUCUUGUGCCUGAGACACUAUUGUUCGCUCACAUUAGGGACCAAAUCCAUUCACAUUUUGAGUCCAAACAAGGCAGGAUCAGAAUGCUGUCUUGGAUGGGAGAGGCCUACUGCACCUUCUUUCGCUCGCCAUGGACCAUCAUUGCUUUGUUGGCUGCCACACUUGGCCUUCUUCUCACAUUUAUCCAGACAUGCUUUCAAUUUUAUUUUCAUGAAGAGGGGAUCCCUGCACCUCAGGAAGUACAGGAUUGGGACCAUCCGGGAACUCAAGGCAGCUGGGAUUCGUGUGACAAAAGAUUCCCACAACAACUCAGUGUACCCCAGCUUCAAAGAUGGGAUGCUGCAGCUUCCUGAACUCAUAGUAGAUGGCUCAACACCUCAUAUAUUCUUCAACCUUGUAGCCUAUGAGAUGUGUCCUGAUUUUCGCAACAAGUUCGAGGUCAGCUCAUUUUUAGUCUUCAUGAGCUCUCUCAUCGACCAACCGGAGGAUGUGAAGGAGCUGAGAAUGGCCGGCAUAAUUAUCAACGAACUUGCCAAUGACAAGGAAGUGGCCGACCUGUUUAAUAAGAUGGACAGCAUUCUUGUGCCUGAGACACCAUUGUUCGCUCACAUCAGAGACCAAAUCCAUUCACAUUUUGAGUCCAAACGAGGCAGGAUCAGAAUGUUGUCUUGGAUGGGAGAGGCCUCUAACACGUUUUUUCGCUCGCCAUGGACCAUCAUUGCUUUGUUGGCUGCCACACUUGGCCUUGUUCUCACAUUCAUCCAGACAUGGUUUGCCA